CAGGAAGCUAAGUCAGUAUAGUACAAGGUUCACCAGAGAAUCGUUAAUUUCAUCUCAGCCAAAAUGCACGACCUUAUCAAAAUGCCAUUUCUGGUAAGAGAUGACUGCACAGAUAAUUGGACGUGGAAUAAGCGGGACAAAUCACACGAAGUCAGACUGUAUGGUAGGCAAGGUUUCACAGCUCAUUUCCAUCCAAACUGGAGCAAUGGUACAGCAGGGGUGAGGGGCACCCGCAUCCUGAACUAUGGCAAACAUUACUGGGAAAUCAAAAUUUCACAAAGGAUAUUUGGGACGAGCAUGAUGUUUGGUAUUGGUACCCAGCGUGCUCGUCUACACGUCGAUGCUUUUGUUAAUAUGCUGGGAGAAGACGGGCAAAGCUGGGGCUUGUCUCACAAGGGACUGUUGUGGCAUAACGGAAAAUGGAGACAAUAUACGAAACCCUUCAAGGAGAAUGAAGCAACGACAGUUGGACUGCUGUUUGACUGGAAUCAAGGUACGCUGACAUAUUUCAAAGAUGGUUUGUCUUUAGGAGUGGCUUUUACGGGCUUAAAUAAGAUUGAAGACGAUCUGUAUCCAAUUGUGUGUUCAACUGCUGCCAAAACUGAAAUGAGCUUAGGGCUGAGGAAAAGGAGCUAUUUCAACCUCCAGGAUAGAUGCCGAGCAGUUAUUCUUUCAAAACUGAGGGGUGAAAACGAACUGGACAACUUGCCUUUACCAAACAGAGUAAAAUACUUUCUGAAGGACGCGAUGGUACAUUGACAGCUGAACGCUUUUGUUGUCAGACCAAAUGUCGCCAUGUCAGAACAAUUAAAGUCCAUAAUCACCGGCUGUGUGUUCCCUAAAUGUGCUGCUGAGGCGUGUGCGAGUGUUGCAAGAAAUUUUUAUUUUCACCAGAGAUGUAAAUUUUUCAACUAUUUUCAUACCAAGAGUUCGUCAAAACAAGGCAUAAUGAAUAUGUAUUUAUUAAUGCGACCCUUGCCGAAGCUGUGGUCGCUGUGGGUGAAUGUGAAUACGUGUGUUGUGUUGUUCAGCGACCAUGGUCCGAAUCGACACUCAACAAUGGCGGUCUUCGUUGGAUCGAUAAACAACUGUCAGGCUCUGUAGCAACACAAACACAGGCCUGUCCCAUCUGUUGUGUGAAUGCCCCAAACGUCGGACUUUUGCCUGGUGUGUGACGUAAACUGGGCUGUGAUUGUCGCUUCGGAUUUGCAUGUAAUAGCGUGUACACGUUGCAGAUGUUUUACAUAAACCCUUUCGGUGUAUAAAUUAAAAUAUCCAAGGUACUGACUAACUAAAAUGCUGAGAAACAGUUUAUAAAACUGGUAAAGAGGGUUAAUAAGUUGCUUAUGUCAUUGUCAGUUUUUGUCCACCUUUAGUUUGUGAGUACGUUAAAAGGUGUAUGAAGAUUUAACUAGAAAUUUGUAAAUGCCGAAAGAAACAUGUUGCUAGAAAUGGGAAGGCCGAGAUUUGUUUUAACUGUUAUAUAUUAAAUGCAAAAUUGGCGUGUUGUAAUGACACAUAUUCAAGCUUUUCUCUUGCGACAGAGGUAUUUAUGU